GCCUACAGAAAAACGGAACGAUGUUGUCGAGAUUUUUGAAGUUUGUCUUGGUUACUUUUUCGUUCCUGUAUGUGAAUACUGGAGGUUACGACGACAAAACAUUUCGAGCAGCUGUAUAUGAACAUGCUACUGUUCCACCUAACAGAGAAGUCGUGGUAACACGACAGGAGGCGCUAGAGUACAUGACAAAAAACCUGGAGGUCUACAGAAAAGUUACAGAGGAGGCUCGUCUUCAGAGCGUUGACAUAAUUGUGUUUCCAGAGGAUGGACUAACAUAUAUGGGUCACACAAGAAAAUCCAUUCGACCAUAUCUGGAAUACAUACCAGACCCUAAAAGAGAACAGUGGAACCCAUGCGAGAACCCCCAAAAAUAUCCAAACACGGAGGUGCAGCACACUCUCAGUUGUCUGGCAAAGAACAACUCUCUAUACAUUGUCGCGAAUAUGGGAGACAUCCAACCCUGUGCUUCAAACGACACUUGCCCGCCAGACCACCAUUACCAAUUUAAUACUGACGUAGUGUACGAUAGCAGUGGAACACUUAUCGCCAAGUAUCACAAAAUCAACUUGUUCUUUGAAUUCAUGUUCGACCCAUCAACAUCCGAAGAGGCCGUCUCGUUCGAAACACCAUUCGGAACCUUUGGUGUGUUCACUUGUUUCGAUAUUCUUUUUCGGAACCCUGUGGUAGUUUUGAUGAAAGAGAGAGGGGUGAGUAACAUUGCAUUUCCCACUGCCUGGAUGGACACUCCUCCAUUUCUUGCGGCAGUGCAGUUCCAUUCCGCGGUAGCUGCUGCUUUUGGCGUUAAUUUUCUGGCAGCCAACAUGCACAAUCCUCGAUAUCGUUUCCAAGGAAGUGGAAUUUAUUCACCAGAAGGAGCUAGAGCCUAUUACUAUAACAACAGUGUUUCGAGCGGCGGGAAGCUAUUGGUGUCAGAUCUUAAUAUUCUGCGCACAAAUCUGCUGUCGGAAAAACAUACUCUUAACGAUGAAGCAUCAGUUGUGGACCCGCUUAUCAACGAUUCUGAACAACAAGUGUUUCAAGAUGAAACUUUUGGAGACGUGUUUAAUUACGUCGUUCUUUCAAAGUCCAGUGGAAAAGCUCGGGUCUGUCAUAAUAAACUUUGUUGCACAGCAUCUUACAAAUCAUUAGAAAAUAUUAAGGAAUUGUUUGCUCUUGGUGCAUUUGAUGGUUUGCAUACAAAAGAGGGGACUUACUAUAUCCAAGUCUGUGGAAUCGUUAGGUGCAAAACCAACAAUAAAUCAUCAUGCGGUGAAGGUUCCGUUGUUUCGAACACGUAUUUUACUCAACUCACACUUUCUGGUACUUUUAGGUCACCGUACAUAUUUCCAGAAAUUCUUUUAUUCGGCGAGGACACUUUUCAGCUGGCGCCACCAAACAACUGGUCGUACGCCAAUGGGGUGUUAGAAGCAAUGAAUGGAUUGGAACAGCCGCUGUUAUCAUUCUCACUUUUCUCUCGCGAUUACGACUAUGAUCUUCUCCUGACGAGCUCAUCCGCUAAACAGAAAGUCACAGAGAUUGCAUUUUCUUUGCUUUUACUAACUUUCCUGUUAAAAUGCUAGGAUUAACAGAUUUCAAUGUAUGGCUAUCGUCUCCAUAGCAGCUCACCUUGACUGUGUAAUUAAAUAGUCAGUGUUCAUUUAUCAUGCAAGUUGAAAUCUAUGUAGUUGUUUUAUUACUUAUGUACAUGUAAUUUUUUUACUAGUUUUUUGUAGUUGACAUUAUUGUGUUUCGUGAAUACAUGUAUAAAUAAAUGUAUCGCAUUGAAAAA